AUGAAAUACAAGAAAGAGAGCAAGAAUAAAGAAGAAGGAGCAUCGGGAGAAGGUGAGGGGGACAACGAGACCGAUUCAACGGGUACGGAGAACGCUCAAUCUCAGAACGCUGUACACGGAGUGACGAUAUUGGAAAAACCAUCGUCGUUAUGGCGCGACUGUGAAAGUGAUGCUGGCGAUCGUACGCAUCUGCUCGGUGGUGGCGGUGGUGAUGGUGAUGCUGAUGAUGACGACGCUGAUUGUGGAAAUGAUUAUUGUGAUGAUGGUUAUAAUGAUAAUGGUGUUGAUGGUGGUGGUGAUGAUGGUGAUGCUGAUGGUGAUGCUGAUGGUGAUGCUGAUGGUGAUGAGAUGAUGGUGGUCAGGUGGUGA